AUGCGUUUUAAUAAAACAAAAACAGCUGCAAAUUUACUAGAAACCAAAACAAAAGAAAUAUUAUCAGUGUUCGCGAGGAAUCUGGGUAAAAGCUGCACAACAGUAAAUAAUAAAUAAGAAAUACCUUCAGUAGUGCGCAGCAAUAAAGGGCAAACCACAAAAACAGAGAUUUGAACGCGCUUCUUGUGGUUAAAAGCAGCAGCAUCGUCUGUGAAUGGAUUGAUUCAAUGAUUAAAUGAUGAGGGUAUCGCCCGCACAAUACGCACAGAUUAAUUGACAGUUUUACUUCGACUUCGACUUCGACACCUCGCAAACAUGACAGACGACGAUAAGCUGCCGCUGAAGCAAGCGGAGUUAUCCGUGCAACGAUUCCAGGACAUGGCUGUGCCACAUCAUCUGGGAUUGCUGCAGAAUCACAGGAGUAACAUUGAAAAGAGUCUCGCGCUGGGCGAUUGGCAGAAGAUCAAGAAGGAGGAGCUCAAUGCAAUGCGGGUCAUCAAGCAAAUUAAGAAUCUGCUGCUUGAAAUGGAUACUUUGCGUGAGAAGCUGCGCGAUGAGGACAAACCCCGUUUCGAUGAGCUAAUGAAACCAGGCAAAACUAAAGCAUUUGAAGGGAUGAAGACUUUUGCAGAAUUGCAGUUGAAGUCGCCCACUUCCACUUUGGGUUCACAAUACGAUGAAGAUCAGGCUGUGCAGAUUGAUAAUGUGCCUGCUUUGCAGCGUACGCUGCCCCAGCUGCAGGCCAACUUUCAGCUGGAGGAGCAUCAGCUGGCCCAGCGUGAAGCCUGCCUCGAACAGAUGCAACGACUGCAGAAUGAAAUAUACGAUUUACAUGGCGCCUUUCAUGUCAUGCGCCAGAUGACACACGAGCAGGCAGCCAGCGUUCAAUCCAUAGCCGACAAUGCUGAGGAAGCUCUGGAGAAUGUCCAGGAAGGGGAGCGACAGUUGCGCACAGCGUUGACCUACAAAAAAGCCAUGUAUCCUGUAGUCGGUGCAUUGCUUGGCACCUGCGUCGGUGGUCCCAUUGGCAUGGUGGCGGGCAUCAAGGCUGGCGGCCUCGCAGCUGUGGGAUGUGGCAUCUUGGGCUUCACAGGUGGCUCGGUGCUAAAGAGCAACCCGAAUGUGAUGCAUGGCAGCGUGGAGGAGCAGCAGGCACAGCAGGAGGAGGCUGGGGAUUCAACUGAAACCAUGGAACUUGCCGAGAAAUCGGAAUGACAAAUGUGGCAAGCGAAUGCGCGUCGCUUGGAGGCAGCUACCACUGGAGUGCUGUGCAGCGUGCGCAGCUAUUGUUCCAUUCAAUGAGAGAAAGAGGAAUUUCCACCCA